AUGUCGGAGGUCAAUAACCCGGAGUACAGGCGGGGGAUGGAGGAUGCGAGGCGUCACCGUUCCCGCACCGAGGACAACUGGGUGCGUGCGAGUGUGGGGCCGAUCCUUUGGUUUGGCUUGCCUUUUGCAGUUGCGUGGAUGUACCUGCGCCGCCAAGCGCCCAGCGGCGCCAAAGCGAACCCCUUUGAAGACAUGAUGGAGCAAAUGAUGCCCAUUAAAAAGCGUCAGUUUCGCGUCGACGUCAAAGGCACCAGGUUUUGCGAUGUGAUUGGCAUUCCUGAGGCGAAGAUGGAGGUGCAGCAGUACGUUGAAUUCCUGACACAACCCAACAAGUUUACGCGACUCGGCGCACGGCUACCGAAGGGGUGCUUGCUCACUGGUGAGCCUGGAACGGGAAAGACGCUCCUGGCAAAGGCCGUGGCAGGGGAGGCGAAGGUGCCCUUCUUUAGCUGCAGCGGAUCCGACUUUAUUGAGCUGAUGGGGGGUAGUGGUCCCAAGCGGGUGCGUGAGUUGUUCGAGGAGGCACGAAACGCCGCGCCGGCUAUCGUGUUUAUUGACGAAAUUGACGCCAUUGGUUCCCGGGCAGGGAAACAAGGCGGUUCCGUGAGCAGUGAGGAGAAUCGAACGAUCAACCAAGUUUUGGCGGAGCUGGAUGGGCUGAAUACAGGCAGCGAUGCCAUCGUUGUGAUUGCGGCGACUAACUUUCAGGACAACAUCGAUAAGGCGCUCUUGCGUGAGGGACGUUUUGACCGAAAAGUAAACAUUGAGAUGCCGGACAAGGCGGCACGCGUGGAUAUAUUUAAGCACUAUUUGGAUCGCGUGGGAACCGGCGAUCCCCGUGGGCGGAAGCUCGACGAGGAGGGAGCGCCUCUACCAACAAGCGACAAGGUGGACAACCUCCAACUGGCGAGGGAGCUGGCCGACCUGACGCCUGGAAUUUCUCCUGCGACGAUUGCGACGAUUGUAAACGAGGCGGCGCUGCAAAGUGGCAUUUCUGAGAAGAGGCUAGUGGAUAAGGAAUCCGUGCUGGAGGCGAUCGACAACACGCUCAUUGGCCGCAAGCAUCGCAGCCGCCAGAGUUCAGCCUCGUUGCGACGGACGGCCAUCCAUGAGGUGGGCCAUGCGAUAACUGCGUGGAUGCUGCCUUCCGUGAAGCGGGUGUUAAAAAUCAGCGUUGUGCCGCGCGGUAAUGCAAUGGGGUACACGCAACGCGCAGGGUCUGAGCAUCACGAAUACCAGACGAACGCCACCCUCCUGGCAGACAUGGUCGUCAUGCUCGGCGGGCGGGCCGCCGAGGAGACGCUUCUGGGGAAUCCGUCUGCUGGCGCCAUGGACGACCUUCAGCGUGCGACGGACCUUGCACUUAAGCAAAUGAUGGUAUUUGGAAUGGAUGCCAACGCCGGCUUGCUGUCGUACCACCCAGAGUCCACGCAAGCGGGCCGUAUUUUUGUGAGUUUCUCUAACAAGGCUCAAAGUAUUGCGGAGGAGGAAGCUAAAAAGCUCGUUGCUCAUGCGCAUCAGAUUGCUAUGGGAAUUAUCAAGGCGAAUGAAGCCAAGAUAGAGGCGGUGGUAGCCGAGCUCAUUGAGAAGAAGGAGCUGUUGACGGCGGACUUGGAGCGCCUGUGGGGACAACGUCCCCUGUCGCCUACGGUGGAGGAGCUUGUUGUAAAGCUGAUGACUCUGCAGGGGACACAGGAGCGCGAAGGCGAAGAAAAAAAAACAAGCAUGUAG